AUCAAUGCACGAGGCAGAACUGGGAGCGAGAAUCGGAUUCAAAAAAAAAAAAGUGAGAUCGAAUUUGUUAUGUAUAAGAAUCGAUUUUGAAACAGUUACAUUAAGUAAAUUCACUUAAAAGUUGUUUCCUGAAUGUUCGAUUUUCUUUUCAUUCUGAGGAUUGUACACAGUUCGGGAGAUUUGUUGAUGCGUUAAGUUAUAAGUGAGAAAACGAACUUUCAAACGAUUCAAAUCAAUUACCUUUUUUAAAUACUGUUUUUUUUGCGUAAAGGCAUUAUAAAAAAUAUCGUUUGUUUCAGUAAAUACACACUGUUUAAAAGGGAUGAUUGUAUGAUACCUAAGCACUUACUUAAUUAAAUAGCAUACGAAGAAAAAAAAGAAGUGGAGUUUAUGUAUUUUUAGGGCGGAAUGCUACAAAGAACAAUUUGUGGUGUGGCCGUGCGGAUGUAUUUCUGAUUUCAUCGAGGCGUUUAGUCUCGUGCGCUGGGAUCAUAAAUGAAGUCGUUUGAUCUUUGCGUGACCGGAUCUUGAUUUUUUUUUUAUUCUUCUAGACCAUGUUUUUGAACUACUUUUAUGUGUGUGUGCGCAGUGAUACUUUAAAUACAUUUGCAUAUAUACGGUAACAUGAAAGUUACGUCAUAAUGUUUUUAACUUCGUGUUUAUUUUGCAGUGAAGUAUUUUUUUGUGGGUUCGCUAUACGUGUUACAUCAGCACAUGAUACAUUGGGUUACAAUUUUUGUUUAUAAAUAGGUGAUAUUGGCAAUAACUUUCACAAAGUGCCUGAGCUUCUCAAAAACACGCCUUGUUAAUUAGGUGUUUACAAACUGACCAGUUUCUUGACUCAUCCAGGAAGUGACCUCACAUGUGUGUGCUACUUUAAGGGAAUGAAUGACUAGCUGUACGUCACAUGAACACACACAUGAUGUGCUUUUUCAUUGGAACUUAAGAAUCUCAACCCUACUGGAUACAAAGGGUUAAGGUUUGAAGUGCCUGACCUCACUGUGUCUCUUUUCCCAUGAUGGAUACACACCAGGAUAGACUUACAUGGCAGAGCUUCAGAUGGCUAGUGGUCAUUCUUAUAUCUUACGUUACUGCUGGCAAUAUUCCUGCCACGGAGACCUGGUCACGGUGGUGGUCUUAUGAUGGUAUCAGCGGUCCCAACUACUGGGGCAAGACGAACCCUGACUGGAAACUUUGUAAACAUGGCAAACAGCAGUCCCCUAUAAACAUCGAGCCAUCUCGUCUGCUCUUUGAUCCAAACUUGAAACAUUUGAAACUUGAUUCCGUGACGGUGAACGGCAUCCUGUCUCGCACAAGCCAGGACAUCACGCUGGACAUCAGGCCUGAAGGCUCCAACCUCAUCAACAUCAGCCUGGGGCCCCUCUCCUACACGUACACCGUAGCAGAAAUCAAGUUCCAUCUGGCCAACAACGACACGGCCGGUUCAGAGCAUAGAGUCUCCGGGAGGUCAUUUCCUGCAGAGAUGCAUAUAAUAGCCUAUAACAGCGAACUGUACAAAAAUCUUAGUGAAGCCACAAAAGGAGUUAAAGGUUUAACGAUUAUUGCUGUUUUUAUGGAGCUGGGUAAAGAACAUAAUAAAUAUUUCUACUGUAUAUCUCAAGAAUUACAUCGACUACAGCAUAGAGACAAUAAGGCGCAGGUGAGAGAUCUCUCCAUGGACCAUCUCUUGCCUAAGACUACAGAGUACGUCACGUAUGAUGGAUCCUUGACGCAGCCUGGUUGCUAUGAGACGGUCACGUGGAUCCUGCUCAACAAACCGCUUAGGAUCAGUAAAGAGCAGCUGUCCGCUCUGAGAGUAUUGUACAACGGACGAGACAAUGAUCCAGCCUGGUUACUGGAGUCCAACGCUCGACCACUCAUGCCGUUGAACCAUCGAGUUGUCCGCACCAAUAUUAACUCACAGAAAAGGUCUCGUCUCUGUACAAUGGAGAGAGACAUGUUUUAUCAAGUCAAUGGCAGAUAUUUGAAGACAUGACUGGGUCCAGAAGAACGUAUUUUCUCAUAGUCUGCAACAUGUGACUGAACUAACUUGACAGGAUGCAUCAGCAUGUGACUGAACUAACUUGACAGAAUGCAUGAACACUAAAAAUUCCUGCUUUCAAGAGGGCUGGCUGCCAUGUUUCAAUGAAUGAAUGACUUUUUCAAAUCUUGGAUGCAACAUUGUAAUUUAACAUUAAAGAAAUUUAUUUUUAUUUUUGUUUUUCAAGACGCAAAGAGUUAAUUGCUGCAAUUUUGAAGUGUUCAAAUGAUCAUCAUUCCCUUUUUUUUUUCUAUUCUGAGCCGCUGAGAUUAAGCAGACAGCAUGAUGAGAAGGAACAAUCUAGAAUCUGUUAAAGGGAAGGUUUUUUUUUUUUUUUUUUUUUCGCCAAUAGGUUUUGAGGAAUAUGAUGAGAUGCUCUGCCAUUUUGUAGGUUUAGACCAUGCAAACAAUGCUUGCUAAAUAAGGUUCCUUGUAAAAUUGAUUUAUAGAUGUAGCAAAUGAAAUCUCCUCCAUCAUGGCGCAGGCUCAUGGAAACGGGCACUCAUUUGCAUGUAACUAUGUCAAAACAUUCUUAAAUAAUAUAUUUUAUAUUUGUAUAUAGACUAUAAAACUAUACUAUUUAAACAUAUAUGUAAUUUAUUGCUUAAUUAUUAAAAUAAAUGUAUUGUUGUUUAUAAAUCUUUUAAAAGUAGAUUGAUAUAUAAGGAAAGUUGUUGUUUUAUUUUAAAUGCUAUCUGUAUUCUGUUUAUUGUUUUUGAAACAAGUUAUACGUAGUCUACAUGGCGUGGUUCAAUACCGAUGACAUUUAAAGGUCAUGUUCAAUCCUGGGUGUAACAUUUAUAUGUCAGGCGCUCAGAACAUUUUUCGACUAAACAUUAAAACGUUCAUAUAUCAUUAUCAUCAUCUGCCCCUUGACUUUCAUUGUUGUGACAGUUCUUUUUGACAGUUCUUCGUAGGGGUGUUGUGACAGUUCUUCGUAGGGCUCCCGUGACAAUUCGUAAUAGGGGUGCUCUGACUAUUCGUCAUAGGGGUGCUGUGACAAUUCGUAAUAGGGGUGCUGUGACUAUUCGUCAUAGGGGUGCUGUGACAAUUCGUAAUAGGGGUGCUGUGACUAUUCGUCAUAGGGGUGCUGUGACUAUUCGUCAUAGGGGUGCUGUGACAAUUCGUCAUAGGGGUGCUGUGACUAUUCGUAAUAGGGGUGCUGUGACUAUUCGUCAUAAGGGUGCUGUGACUAUUCGUCAUAGGGGUGCUGUGACUAUUCGUCAUAGGGGUGCUGUGACUAUUCGUCAUAGGGGUGCUGUGACAAUUCGUAAUAGGGGUGCUGUGACAAUUCGUCAUAGGGGUGCUGUGACUAUUCGUCAUAGGGGUGCUGUGACAAUUCGUAAUAGGGGUGCUGUGACAAUUCGUCAUAGGGGUGCUGUGACAAUUCGUAAUAGGGGUGCUGUGACAAUUCGUUGUAGGGGUGCUGUGACAAUUCAUCGCAGGGCUCCUGUGACAGUUCGCGUAAACAAAUCCCUCCACUUUUCCCAGUCAAAAGCUGUCAUUAGUAGGAUAUCUAGAGAGAGGCCGGUCCAUUCUUUUACGUUGUCCAGCUUUUCUUUGAAUGACCCUUUCUUCGUGCUCUCUCCACUGUACCAUGAAGGGUGACUUUUGACAGUGAGUCAUGUCUUACCAUAGGACCGAACCAGUCCAGUUUCCAUUUCUCCACAGUAUUCAGAAGUUUCCUUUUGUACAAGUACAAAUUCAUUUGUCUUCUUUUCCUGGUAUCUGAUACUCACAUUAUUCUGUAGCAUUUACUCUCAAGGACUUGAAUUCUACUGUUUUCACCUUUACAUAUUCCUUAGUCUGUUCAAGACACCACACACAAUCUGUCGUCCUACUCCAUUUCUCUCUGUCUUUUGGAUAAAACCUUUUCAGGAACAUGCCAGUUCAUUCUUUAAUGUUGUCUUCCCAUAGCUUUCUAUGUCUGCCUCUUCUUCUUAUUCCUGGUACUGUUCCCUGCAGGAAGGUCUACACGUCUUAUUGUUGGGACGUAAGCUUUUCAAACCACCCAUAUACAUGUAUGAAAUUCAUUACCUGUGUAAGCUACAAUGCUACAUUCAAAUGUGUAGGCCACAUUGCUACAUUCAAAUGUAACUUACGGUUUUCACAUCAAAACCUACUUUGUAAAAGCUAAGUGGCCAUUUGUUUGUCUUUGGUCUUCAUACAUUUGAUUAUGCAAACAUGCCUUAACUGUAUAGCUUGUCUAGGCCUAGUUUGAAUUGCUAAUCAAAUCUUUUACAACUUAGCUAUUGAAAUGGUGUAUUGACGUAUUUUGUGUACUAAGCGUUAAGUAAUAGAUCUACUAAAUCUUUACAAUUGUAGACCAACUGGUCUCAUGCUAGAGUAUCUAUGUGAGACCAGCUCAGAAAUAUAUAGAAACACAAAAGUAGUAGUCUUUUUUUUUCUUAUUGAAACAUUUUUUUUUUGCUCAUUUUUUUUAACUAUAACUAAAUUUUUAUCUACUUGUAAUAAAACUCUGUAUAAUGCAAUAAUACAUUUUAUAUUUAAUGUAUUCCCUCUUGAUGGUUGCAUAACAUAGCGAAUGCAAAUUGACACUGGGCAGUUUAUUUGCAUAUGUACAUUUUCAUUGAUACGUUAAUUGGGCUUUUUAUUAUUAUCACUUCCAAUGGACCUCAUUCACAAAAAUGAACGGUCACGUGAUAAUAUUGAUAAAACAAUGGAAAAAAACUGUCACGUGUUACCAUUGUUGAUUAAAAUUAGAUCGUAAUUUGUAUAGAAGAAAUAGAGAAGCACGUGACUCAAUGUUGUUUGUUUACGAUUGGGGAAUGAGGUCCAUUGUUUACGUUCAAAAUAAUUUGUAGACAUAAGUUUGCAUUAUGUUUUUGUGAUUUCAGUGACAUGAUAUUGAACACAUUUUACAAUUACGUCAUGUAUACAGAGGUUCUAGCGAGCGCGUUGUAAAGACAACAUUUUUUUUAAAACCUUCUCAACCAAUAAUUAAAGCAAAUAGAUUUCGUAGAGUACCAGUCCACGUCAACAACAAGUUUAGUUAGGAAAGUUCCUUAAGUUACGUGAACGACCUUGACCUUAAGUCGCAUUGACAACACGUACAAACUAUGAUAUAUGAAACCAAGUUGUAGAUAUGCUGUUUUUUGACAUCACCGAAGUAACUUAAUAAUUCAAGUCUGUUUCUAUACGGUAUCCGAAGACAUAUUACUAUCAAGAAACAUUGAUAAGUGUCCAGAUAACGUUAGUAGCGCUUACAAACACCCCAGAGCGAGAGUGUGGAGAAAUAAAUCGCUCAGCCUGCCUAAAAAAAAUCAUCGUCCACCAAGUAGUGGUUGUCACAAUUUUCUAUUUGGAUCGGGUACUUUACAGAAAGGAACUAAAACUACUGGAACGCUUUCACCAAAAAUGUCUGGGUACCAGCAUCGGUAUAGUAUGGCAAGAAUGCACUAGAAAUACUGAUGCUGUGGGAAUGCUAGUAUAAGCAAUGUAGAGGGACUGCUUACAAGCUACCUUUGACAAGCUACGUGUGAGAAGCUACGUGUGACAAGCUACGUUUGACCAGCUACGUUUGACCAGCUGCUUUUCGUUUUGGUAGACCUUUCAAUGAAUAUCACAUUUUAUUUAUUUAUUUAUUUUUUUACAAUAAUUCUAUUUAGGAAACUGGAUUCUAGAUCCAAAUGGAACCUCAUUGGUGGAGACUGGGAUUUACGUUUUGUGAUCCCACGAGUGGUAGAUCUAGACUUGAGGGCCACAUCUGCACGAUUAUCAAUGUUAGCCCCAAUGUUGGUCUCCGGGGCCGCAAGAUGCGAGAGUGAAUACAUUCGACCCCUUGGCUUUGUGGCCCCGCCGCUUGUUUGUCUCGGCCACUUCUGUGUCAUAUAUAAUCAUUUCAUAUCUACGUUUUGUUCUCGUAAUGCCUUCUAUCUUAACAUGUUUACGUUGAGGUAUUCCCGAACUCUGACCAGAGGGUGGUUGCCAGCCUUAGACGCGCGUGUAUUGAAUUGGCCCCUGACAAGCUUGUGUUUUACAUGUGCUAAAUAGGCACGAGACCUGCGUGUCUUGAAUCGGCCUGUGAAAUGCAAGCCUUAAACAUACACGUAGAAUGCUUGUGUUAAAUAGGCCCUCAACAUGCGUGCGUUAAAUGGGCCCGUCAUUUAUGUGUGUUAAAUAUCCCAUGAUUUACUUGUCUUGAAUCGGUCCGUGACAUGUGUGCAUUAAAUAUACCAGUGUGUUAAAUAGGCGAGUAUUAUUUCUGUGUUAAAUAGGCCCGUGGCCUGCGUGUCGGAAAUUUAUAUGUGCCCACUGGCCGCUAAAAUCUGGACAUCACUGGUGCGAUCUAUUCUAGGCAUGCGUUUCCUUUGAAGCAAUAAGUAUAAUAUCUAUAAUAUAAGUAUAAUAUAAAUAAUAUAAGUAUAAUAUAUAUAAGUAUAAUAUCUCAUCGACUUUAGCUUCAAGCCGUGUCUUCACUAUCAACAGGCUGGAGCUGUGUUCUCAUGAUUGUCCUCUUCAUGCUAGGUCUGUCACCAACACUCCGAUUUAAACAUGUUUUUUAUAUUUGUCCACUCAAAAUCUGUUGUUGCUUUUCGACGUCAAUAAAACAUUUCUAAUCA